UAGACCUGUUCAUGGUCGCGCGACGAUGACGUCACGCCGUUGAUGGCCGACCAAGUAUCUUAGAUCGGAGCAAAGAUGGCAGAACAGGGAACUACAACCACUGAGAAGGAUGGAGAUGCAAAGCCCCCGGUCUGCAGCUUUCUGUUUAAGAAAAGCACAAGGAAGUUUGCGGGGCGAAAAAGGAGAGAGGAAGAAAGGGGAAGCAGUGAUGAAGAUGGCGGUGGAGCUGUGAUCAGGAGGAAGAAGAAGCAGAUUGCAAACCCGAUGAUCCAGAAGAGUAAAUCCGGUACAAAGGAAGCGGCGGAUUACAAAGAAAGCAGUAGCGAGGAAGAGCUUGAAUCGUCAAAAGCCAUCACCGUGUCCUACAAAUCCAGCCGAUCAGCAAAACCGGUGGGUCCGGACGACAUGGGAGCCACGGCCACGUAUGAGCUGGACACGGAAAAAGACAAGGACGCUCAGGCCAUAUUUGAGAGAAGCCAGAAAGUCCAGGAGGAGCUGGAAGGAAAGGAAGAUGAUAAGAUAUAUCGGGGAAUGCACAACUACAAAAAGUUUGUGAAACCAAAAGAUACGUCUCUUGGAAACGCGUCUUCUGGCAUGGUGAGGAAGGGGCCAAUCCGUGCUCCUGACCACCUGAGAGCCACAGUGCGGUGGGAUUACCAGCCGGACAUCUGCAAGGAUUAUAAAGAGACUGGAUUUUGUGGGUUUGGAGACAGCUGCAAGUUUCUCCAUGACCGCUCAGACUACAAACAUGGCUGGCAGUUGGAACGGGAACUUGAAGAGGGCCGUUACGGAGCGAAUGAUGAGGAAAAUUACGAGGUGAGCAGCGACGAGGAAGAUCUGCCUUUUAAAUGUUUCAUCUGUAGGGAUUCCUUCAAGAACCCCAUCGUGACCAAGUGCAAACAUUACUUUUGUGAGGGCUGUGCGCUGCAGCAUUACCGCAAAUCCCAGCGCUGCUACGUAUGUAACACGCAGACGAACGGCGUCUUUAAUCCUGCUAAAGAUCUUCUUACAAAAAUGGAAAAGCUCAAAAAGGCCGAUGAAGACGCCGAAUCAUCAGAAGAGGGAGAAUAAUCCGGCCAGAAACUUCUGUAUAUAAAUGUUUUUUCUACUGAAUUAAACACUUAUAUAA